AUGGCGACCAUCGUGGCCGCAGCCCUGUGCGCAAAAGUGGGAGGGGACGCUCAGGAGCAGCCCGUCCUGUGGUGCGACCACGUCGCUGUCGACGAGGCUGCGUGCCCGCCUAAGUGGCUGCAAAAAGCGCCCGAAGGUCUCGCCCCCAUCGUGGCUGUGACUGCAUACCACGUGAGUCUCGACGGCUCGCUUGGUGUGUGUGGCGACAACAGCACGGUGGACGGUUCGGCCUAUCGGAUGUGCGAGUGGAAGGGGGACGAAUCGCCUGAGGAGCUUCUCUCGAGAAUCGCUCCCACGACGACAACCUUCGCGGCCGUGUACAAUGACAUGAGUGCGGUGGAGGACCCGUAUUACAACGGCGGUUUCGGGCUCUACAUGCUGCGUAGCAUGAUCUCUCAGCGCGAGGCGUUCAUCUCCAAGCUAGUCUCUGCGGUAGUCAAGCGCGGCGCCCAUGGCGUCACAUUUGAUCUCGAGCUCUGCUGCCCUGACGAGCGUGGGCGCUCGUGCGGCGGUCUCCUGCCGACAACAGACGACUCUAUGGCCUACGCGCGGUUCCUCUCUCAGCUCGGCGAUGCGCUCCACACGGCCGGCAAGCUGCUUCACGUUAUGGCGCGGCAGAGCUGCUGGCAAGAUGAAGCGAUCCUCGUGCGUUCCGCCAAGAGCGUCGACCGAUGGCUGAGUAUGACCGCGGCCGCAGUGCCAGCGACGCAGCGACGUCUUCGCUCGCACAGUCGAUUCCCAUUCCCGACACCCAACGGUUCUCGUUUUAUCCUCGGCGAUGGCAGCUUGGCCUCGGGCUCCGUCGGCAGCGACAAGUGUGACCACUGCCGGCGCGUUCGGCAAAUCCUUUUCUCGGCUCAGCCAUGCCUGUGCUAA